CGCGGCCGAGCGGGUGGACCCACCGCUCCGCACUCCGCGGCUCCUCUUCGGUUAGGUCCUGGCUUGGCAGCUCCGGGAAAUCUGGGGUGGCGGCGGGAGGCUGCCCGACAAGUCAGGGCUGGACAGGCAGGGACCUGGACCCUGCGCUCUCUCGGCCGCUCGCCCUCACACCCACUCUUGGCUGCCACACCGGGCGCGCACUCCCACUCCCUUUCCACACGCAGCUCCGGGACGCAAUGGACGCGGCACUGCUCCACAGCCUGCUGGAGGCCAACUGCAGUCUGGCGCUGGCUGAAGAGCUGCUCUUGGACGGCUGGGGACCGUCCCUGGACCCCGAGGGUCCCUACUCCUACUGCAACACGACCUUGGACCAGAUCGGUACUUGCUGGCCCCGGAGCGCGGCUGGAGCCCUCGUGGAGAGGCCGUGCCCUGAGUACUUCAACGGUAUCAAGUACAACACGACCCGGAAUGCCUACCGAGAAUGCUUAGACAACGGGACGUGGGCCUCAAAGAUCAACUAUUCACAGUGCGAACCCAUUUUGGAUGACAAGAGGAAAUAUGACCUGCACUACCGCAUAGCUCUCGUUGUCAACUACCUGGGCCACUGUGUCUCUGUGGCAGCCCUGGUGGCCGCCUUCCUGCUUUUCCUGGCUCUGAGGAGCAUCCGCUGCCUGCGGAACGUGAUUCACUGGAACCUCAUCACCACCUUCAUCCUGCGAAACAUCAUGUGGUUCCUGCUACAGCUCAUCGACCACGAAGUGCAUGAAAGCAAUGAGGUCUGGUGCCGCUGUAUAACCACCAUCUUCAACUACUUUGUGGUCACCAACUUCUUCUGGAUGUUUGUAGAAGGCUGCUACCUCCACACCGCCAUUGUCAUGACCUACUCCACUGAGCAUCUGCGCAAAUGGCUCUUCCUCUUCAUCGGAUGGUGCAUCCCCUGCCCCAUCAUCAUCGCCUGGGCAGUUGGCAAACUCUACUACGAGAAUGAACAGUGCUGGUUUGGCAAGGAGCCUGGCGACCUGGUUGACUACAUCUACCAGGGCCCCAUCAUCCUCGUGCUCCUGAUCAAUUUUGUAUUUUUGUUCAACAUUGUCAGAAUCCUAAUGACAAAAUUACGAGCCUCCACCACAUCAGAGACAAUUCAGUACAGGAAGGCGGUGAAGGCCACCCUGGUCCUCCUGCCUCUGCUGGGCAUCACGUACAUGCUCUUCUUCGUCAAUCCUGGUGAGGACGACCUGUCACAGAUUGUGUUCAUCUACUUCAACUCCUUCCUGCAGUCCUUCCAGGGUUUCUUCGUAUCUGUCUUCUACUGCUUCUUCAAUGGAGAGGUGCGCUCAGCUGUGAGGAAGAGAUGGCACCGCUGGCAGGACCAUCACUCUCUCCGAGUGCCUGUGGCCCGGGCCAUGUCCAUCCCCACGUCACCCACAAGGAUCAGCUUCCACAGCAUCAAGCAGACAGCUGCCGUGUGACCCCUUGUCACCCACCUGUCCAUCGUCCUCCACCCUCGAGGCAGCUUCCCCACCCUCCUCUGUCUUCUUCCCUGGACCCUCUGGCCGUGCAGGCACUGGUGGCAUAGGAGAAGGGAGGGAAGAGGCCAGCCCUCCAGCCGGGCAAGAAAGAGAGGGUGCAGCCACGGAAGAGGCUCCAAGGGACCAGGGCCACUGAAGCCACAAGCCUCCCGCAGGAGGGAGAAGAGGGAUCCACCCCCCUGAGAAGAGCGGGUCAGAUGUCAUUCAACAUUUGCCCACUGCCUCCUCUCUUGCUGGAUCCGCACUG